UUUUGAUACAUGUUCAUUAUUGAAGCAGAUAAUGACACUUCGAGACAGAAGCUGUUAGCUGUGUUCAUACAGGCAUGCAACUUGUAGCUACGUAGAGUCAGAAUUGAUUUUGUUGAAAUAUAAAAACUACCAGUUUGAAAGUGAUUAAGUAGCCAAUCUCCAGCUUAUAAGGUAGCUACACCAUAAUGAUGAACACAUGAUAUACCUAUGAAUGCGGGUCAGAUGACCAACUAUAUAUAUCAACUUUUGGUAAACUGUGUGGUGUUCUUGAACUAACAGGAAAACCUAUGAGCAGUGUUUGGAGAUCCCAGAAGGCCUAUCAGUUGGAAAUGUUGUAGGGAGAGGAGGUAGCAAUGUAAAGAAACUCUAUGCUAUCACAAAGUCAUGCUACAUUGAAGUUGAAAAAGAAAAGGUUUUGAUCAUUACAAAUGAACAGAAAAAGCUGCCACAACUAACAGAGAAAAUGCAACAGAUUAUUUCCCAAGAGAGUUAUUAUGCAACUUCUCAAUGCUCCAUUAAUCCACGGGGAGCUACCAGGAGCAAUUCCUACCAUUUCAGAGAGUUAGAUGAUGCAUAUGUAGGUGAUGUAUAUGAUAUGACAGCAGAGGCUAGACUAGUAAUACUACAAACCAGAAACAUAGAUGUUUUAUACACAGCCGCUACACAUACGAGGAACUAGUAUAAACAGUAAGACAAUUAUACCACUAGUUCCAUGAUGUAUGCUCUGUAAACAGUUGAAAACUGUGUGUUAGGCUGACAUCUCAACCACUAAGGAGGAUUCAGAGAUUGCUUAACCAAAGGUUUGCAGAUGCUGGUUGAGAGAAAGGGCGAAAAGAAAAUUUAUCAUUCACUUUCUGCAAGGCUUGGAAAAGUUAUUGUGGAGCGACGGUCUCGAAGCGUAGUAUGUACAGAAAGGACUACAGUUUGGAAGGUUUAGUUCAGCUUCUCUCUAGCAAGAGUAGCAGAGGCAAAAUAUCUUUAACCCCAUUGUGGAAUCUGCUGGUGUUCAUCACUUGAGGUCUUCAUUUAGUGAUAAUAAAAGUCACUCUAUCGAAGUUUUGACGUGAAAGGAGAUUUUGUGUGUGGUGCAAGAGCUCUGGAGGGAGGAAACAGGCUUGAUAUACGUUGGUCCUUGCAGAGAGGCGUGAAGGUCAUCAGGCACGCUACAAGUUGUGAUGGUUAGGAGAACGAGGCUCAAAGAAAUUGGGCUUUGACGUCCUUUCAUCUUGAGAGGAAAUGUGACGUACGUAUAGGUCUCUACAACUAUGAGUACGUGACGGAAGGAGAACCUCUCCAUGCUGUUGUGAGGGAGAUGGUGGGGACCCUGUCGUCCCUGCUCUCAUCUGUCAGUUCAAGCCAAGAUGGCUCGUUGGGAACGAAUCCACGGUUGCGAUGCAAGAGAAAGACUACGUUUCAAUUAGACGACAGAUUUGCUGCCACAGUCAACUGCAUGUCUGAGUACACAUUUGACGUGAAGAAAGGUCAAGUGAUUGAGCUGGACUUGAAAAUGAAGCAACACACUGAAGUAGAGCUGCACAACUUGGCUUGGGAGUGUGCGUUUGGUCGUGAUGCAGGCUUCUCCUCAAACCAGGCACUGUCCUUGCUCAUUGAGAGGGGAUCAGUCAACACGAGGGAGUUUGACCUUCUUCUCCGUCCCUGGCAGGUUGAUCACAUCAUCAGGGACUUUGACAUCUUCUGGCACCACCUGGAGUUUCUCACCGACAAGCUAGAUGAACUGGAUUGA